AUGGCUGUUAAAGGAUUAGGAAAAGUGGACCAACAGUAUGAUGGUAAGUGUCAAGAGGAAACGAUAGUUGUCUUUUCACGACGGCAAUUGUUAAUUUAACGCUGCAUUCUGGGGACAUUAAUGGACUUUGAUGCAGCCGAUAGGACUAGAAAGUCGUACUAACGGAUAUAUAGGAUCCAAAUUACGUAUUGGUAUUCUCCAUGCCAGAUGGAACAAAAAGAUAAUCGACUCAUUGGUCGAAGGUGCUGUCAAAAAAUUGCAAGAAUUGAACGUGAAGCCAGAAAAUAUCGUAGUCGAAUCGGUUCCAGGAUCAUUCGAAUUGCCAUACGGAACAAAAUUAUUCUUCGAUAAACAAGAAAGAUUGGGAGAACCUUUGGACGCCGUUAUUCCUAUCGGUGUGUUGAUUAAGGGUUCCACCAUGCACUUCGAGUACAUCUGUGACUCUGUCACGCACCAAUUAAUGAAGUUGAACUUCGAAUUGAACAGACCUGUCAUCUUUGGUGUUUUAACUUGUUUGACAGACGAGCAAGCUGAAGCUAGAGCUGGCUUAAUCGAAGGUAAAAUGCAUAACCAUGGUGAAGACUGGGGUGCUGCUGCUGUCGAAAUGUGUACCAAGUUUGACUAG